AUGUGUACUCUUCUCGGAUGGAGGUUGACUGUGCUGCUGCUCUUCGCAUGUGCAUCUCGUCUAAUGUCGGCCCUAGCGGACAUUGUGACAUCGGGCUUGUCCAAGCUGAGGCCCGCCAUCGCAAGAACCGCUGUUCUUGAUAUAAGGGGAAAAAGAAAAUCCGUAGCAGCUGCGAUGAAACUCGUAAAAAUGGUAACAAGCUGUGCUCCCCUCAACAACUGGGGCAAGAACGCUCUCCGGGUUUAUCACGGCAAGGAGCUUGUCCCUGAGAAGCUGGCUGUCAGGAGACCCUGUAGAGCCACAGCGCAGGGGGCUACUUAG